AUGUCUAGUGCUGAUAUUUCUGAUAGUUCCGUCGAUCCCCCAACCAAGAAACGGAAGCUUGAAUCAUCUUUAACCCUAAGCGCAAUGGCGAACAAUGGAGCCUCCGGUUCAUCGCAAACGGGAAACGAUAUCGACGAAGGACUUUAUUCUAGGCAGUUGUACGUUUUGGGCCACGACGCGAUGCGUCGCAUGGCGACUAGCGACGUUCUCAUCUCGGGCUUGGGCGGUUUAGGUGUCGAAGUUGCCAAAAAUGUCAUACUCGGCGGCGUUAAGUCCGUCACUUUGCACGACGAGACCUUGUGCACCGUCGCGGACCUUUCGUCACAGUUUUACCUCUCCGAGGAUGACGUUGGCAAGAAUCGCGCCGAGGCCUCCCUCAAACACCUCUCCGAGCUCAACAUGUACGUACCGACACGUACGCAUACUGCUCCGUUAACCGACAACUUCAUUAAACGUUUCCGAGUAGUGGUACUAACCAACAGCUCGCUAUCUGAACAGUUACGAAUUAGCGAGGUGACGCACAGUAAUGAUAUCGCCCUAGUUAUCGCGGACGUUCGCGGCUUAUUCGCUCAGGUGUUCUGCGACUUCGGGCCCGCUUUUACCGUCGUGGACACGAACGGCGAAACUCCGGCGUCGACGAUGGUCGCAAGUGUAACAAAGGACCCCGACGGUAACGGCGUCGUCACUUGCAUCGAGGAUGCGCGACACGGCCUCGAGGACGGCGAUUACGUCACCUUCUCCGAGGUGAAAGGUAUGGUCGAGUUGAACGGUUGCGAGCCGAGGAAGGUGAAAGUGCUGGGACCGUACGCGUUUAGCAUCGGUGACAUUUCCGGGUUGUCGGAGUACGAACUCGGCGGUAUCGCGCAGCAGGUGAAAAUGCCGAAGGUGCUCAACUUUAAACCGUUGCAGGAGUCGAUUCGUUCACCCGAGUUCUUAAUUACCGAUUUCGCGAAGUUCGAUCGUACCGAUCAGUUACACUUGGCCUACAACACGUUGCACAAGUACGUCGAGAAGCGCGGAAGUGCGCCGAAGCCGUGGUGCAAGGAGGACGCGGUCGAGUUCGUGUCGUUGGCCAAGUCUCUGGCGGUUGACGGUGGAAAUGAUGCCGAAAUCAACGCGGACCUGCUGGAGAAGUUCGCGUUUAUUGCUGCCGGCAAUGUGAAUCCGAUGAGCGCGACGAUUGGCGGAAUUGUAGCCCAGGAGGUGAUGAAGGCUUGUUCCGGGAAGUUUUCGCCUAUAUUUCAGUGGGUCUACUUUGACGCAUUGGAAUGUUUGCCGGAACAGCCAAUUACACAGGAGGCGGCCGCACCCACCGGUUCUCGUUAUGACGGACAAAUUGCCGUUUUCGGCCAAGAUUUCCAGGACAAGUUAGGAGCCCUCAAGUACUUUGUGGUCGGCGCCGGUGCAAUCGGAUGCGAAUUACUCAAGAAUUUCGCAAUGAUGGGACUGGGAGCUAAAUCGGGCAUGAUCACCGUGACCGAUAUGGAUCUGAUCGAGAAGUCAAACUUGAAUCGGCAAUUCUUGUUCCGACCCCACGACGUGCAAUGCGCCAAGGCGUCGACGGCCGCAAAGGCCAUCAAAGUGAUGAAUCCCAAUGUAAAUAUCGUAGCGCACGAGAACCGCGUCGGUCCCGAUACUGAAGCCAUUUACGAUGACACCUUCUUCGAAUCACUAGAUGGCGUCGCGAACGCCUUGGACAAUGUAGAUGCUCGCAUUUAUAUGGAUCGGCGUUGCGUUUAUUAUCGAAAGCCGUUGCUCGAGUCGGGCACGUUGGGAACGAAGGGCAAUACUCAGGUCGUCGUACCCCACAUGACCGAAUCGUAUAGCUCAUCGCAGGACCCGCCGGAGAAGAGUAUUCCGAUUUGCACUUUGAAAAAUUUCCCCAACGCCAUCGAGCACACCCUGCAGUGGGCGCGAGACAACUUUGAAGGAUUAUUUAAACAAAGCGCCGAAAACGCCUCGCAAUAUCUAUCCGACCCCGACUUUAUUGAUCGAACUUUGAAGCUGCCAGGCGUACAACCGAUUGAGAUUUUAGAAUCGGUAAGAUUCGCAUUGGUAGAAGACCGUCCUAAGGGCAUGCAGGACUGCGUCACAUGGGCGCGUAACCACUGGGAGGAACAGUACGCCAAUCAAAUCAAGCAACUACUAUUUAAUUUCCCGCCGGAUCAACUAACCUCGACCGGGCAACUAUUUUGGUCGGGCCCGAAACGUUGUCCGGAACCUCUCACGUUUAACGCAGACGAUCCGUUACACUUUGAUUACAUUUUCACCGCCGCAAAUCUUAAAGCGGAGGUUUAUGGAAUACCACAAGUGAGGGACAGAGAGGCGAUCCGACAGAUGGUAGCAAAUGUUGUCGUUCCCCCGUUCAUUCCGAAGUCCGGUGUGAAGAUUGCGGUAACCGAUUCUCAAAUGGCUGUGAGUAAUGGUACUAACGUCGAUAUGGACCGGGUAACCCAGCUGCAGGAGGAGCUGCCCUCGCCCGAAGAACUGAACAACCUCAAACUCAACCCGAUCGAGUUCGAAAAGGACGACGACGCCAACCUGCACAUGGACUACAUCGUCGCCGCCUCGAAUCUACGGGCCGCAAAUUACAAGAUACCGCCCGCCGACCGUCACCGUUCCAAAUUGAUAGCGGGCAAAAUUAUACCGGCGAUAGCGACGACGACGUCGGUCGUCUCCGGAAUGGUCUGCCUCGAGCUGUACAAGUUGCUGAACGGAAUGGAGAAGUUGGAUCCGUUCAAGAACGGCUUCGUAAAUUUGGCGCUCCCCUUCUUGGGAUUCUCGGAGCCGAUCGCCGCGCCCAAGAUGGAAUACUGCGGCAACGCGUGGACGCUGUGGGACCGAUUCGAGAUCGACGGCGAGAUGACGCUCAGCGAGUUUCUCGACUACUUCAAAACGAAGCACGGACUGGAAAUCACGAUGUUGUCGCAGGGCGUCUGCAUGCUUUACUCGUUUUUCAUGGCGAAGUCCAAGGCGCAGGAGAGGCUAAAUUUGCCGAUGUCCGAGGUGGUUAAGAAGGUAUCAAAACGCCGCAUCGAACCGCACGUAAGGGCUCUAGUUUUUGAAUUAUGUUGCAACGAUGCCGAUGGUAAUGAUGUCGAAGUGCCGUACGUGAAGUAUACGCUACCUUGAGUUAUAUUAAUGUAAGUAACCUGUAUUUGCACAGACUUAAAAUUUCAAGUGACUUCAUGGACCGUGAUUGAUAAUUCCAUCACCAUUCUGUAUUUAAUUUAUAUUGUAUUACUAUUCCUUCCGAUUGCAAUUUAAAAAUGUUUGUAUUAGAGUCGUUGGAAUGUAGUUUGCAUUUGUGGCUUAUUUUCUUAUUUUUGUGUGAAAUUCUAAUAAAAUAUUAGUAUUUUCUAGCA